AUGUAUGCAGAGAAAUACAUUUAUAAAUUACCUAAAAUGAACUUGAGAACAAUCUAAAUUUUAGUUAAUUUGAUAAAACUGAUCCAAUUGAUGUCUACAAGAAAACUGUUACUGAUCCUUCUUAAGUUGUUUUUUUGGCCAAAUCUGAAAUUAACAUAAUAGAUUAUACUUAAGCUAUUCCUCUUGAUGAAAAUCCCCAAAUCACUAUUGGAAAAGGUUUAAUCAAAAUAAUCCAAUAUAUUAACAUAUGAAUAUGAUUGGAAUAAGGCUCUGAAAUAUGGAAAUUUGGACAAAAUGAUAAUAGCCUUACAAUUCUAUGUAAUAAAACCACAGCAUUUCAAUACUUAAAUCAUAUCAGAGAAUCAUUGUUGUUUUUUGAUAAAUUUCAACAAAGGAAAGAGCUAUUUGUUUAGAAAAAAUGACAGAUGUUAGAGUAAAUAUCUUGGAUUUUGUUUUGAGUGCAGAAACAUAUAGAAGAAUGUUCAAUUACGCCUAGACAAUAUUCUGCUUAUGGGUUAACUGGAUAGCCUAGAUUAUAAGAACCAAUCUUAUUGA